GUAUGUCCGGCCCGGCUUACACAGCAUAUGCACCCUGGCUGCUCAUCUGAAGCUCUUGAACUUCACUAUAGUGUAUGGAAGCAAUUCAGCAGGCAGUCACCUCAUCAUCCACCCUGUGUUAUUUACAUUUGUGUUGUCUGAACUUAUACACCAUUUAACCAGACACCUAACUGUUUAUGCCAUAAGUUCUUGUUUCGCUGCUCAGCGUCACUUAGCAUCAUAUCAGAUUGUAUGAGCAUUACGCUUUGAAUGACCUGUCAUCACACCAGCUGAGAAAUCAUGCAGUCAUUCUGUGGACAUGACUGAAGACAACCACUAUGGAAAAGCAGAAAUAGAGGUGUUACUCAACAAACUACACUUGGUAAAAAACGGAGACAUUCUGGUAUUGUUUUGACCGUAACUUUGUGUGGGGAAGCUAUGCCAAGGUCACCACUAAUCAAACUGGGAUUCACACAGAAAAACCAAACAAGUCUAAUUUUGCUUCAAUACCAAUAACAACCAAUGAAUUAACCAUUCAUUUAAAGAAAUUGUGCCGUGUACACCUGCAAUACCUAAUAGUCCAUGAUUCACAAUCAUAAAUAGACCCUUACUAUAUCGGGUCAGGGGAGUUCCUCUGUGCUGGUUUUAACUUCUCGUCUGCUACAGCUGUAACUACUUGCAAGCAAAGUGUAGCAUGGGAAGAUGACACGUGAGUUGUUGCAACAAGCACUCACACACACACACACACACACACACACACACACACAGUUUACCCUAGGCAGGUCUGUGUGGGAAGACCUGCCCACAUACCAUGUGUGUAUUACUGUAGGGGAGGAACCAGCAGGAGUUCAAGGAUGGUGAAAUGGAAAUAUCAGUAGUCACUUGGGCCUUAUCUCAGUAAUUACUAAGACUGUGUGUGUUGGCAGUUCAGUCACGGAAUACAUUAUUACACAAGAAGGAUUGUUAGGAGUCCAGUCAGGUUUAUCUUCCAUUAGAACAGGAUUGAACUCAGAAUACAUUUAGAACAGUUUCAUUGUCUGUCAUCUUUGUCUCAAUUUAAAGAGCAUCUCUACACUGUCACAGUUUACCAACCAACAACAUAAUUGAUGAAUAAUUCAAUAGUAUUACAUUUAGUUAUUUACAACAUGACUGGGUUGCUGGGCUGUAACUGAUUGAUCAUAAUGUGACCAAACUGCCACUGGUCCAUCUGGUGACAUUGGGCUCUGAUCAAAGUCCGUCUGAUAUCUGAUGUCAGAAUUUUCCUUUUAAAAUACAGACAUCAGAGUGAAUGCAGUUGUACAGUUAGCAACCAUUAUUAUUAUUAUUCUCCAAUGAGUUAGUCUGAGUGUCAUCACAACAACUUCAGCAGCAAAUACAAAAUGGCACAAGGUAAUAAAAAUGGAGUAAAGGGAGAGUCGGGUGCCAGUGAGGAUGAGUUGACGUCCGAUAUUCUCAGCCACUACAGCAGCGCCAGUGAAACGGCGUCUGUGCAGGAAGAGGGCACCGGUGGUGAGCAGGUGGAUGAGCAGACGGCCCAGGAGGAAACGGAAGACAAACUCAAACAGUGUAUAGACAACCUGAUGGAUAAGAGUGCUAAAACCCGUCUGGCUGCCCUUGCGUCGCUGCGACAGGCCUUCUCCUCCAGACUGCUGUACGACUUCCUGACUGAGAGACGGCUCACCAUCAGUGACUGUCUGGAGAGAAGCCUCAAAAAAGGCAGUGGAGAGGAGCAGGCAGCAGCGGCCACACUUUUCGCCCUGCUGUGUAUCCAGCUGGGAGGUGGAGACGAGGCAGAGGAAGGCUUCAAGAUGCUUCAACCCGUCCUCACAAACAUCCUAAAUGACGACAGUGCCAGCAUAGCAGCCCGGCAGAGUUGUGCCAGAGCUCUGGGGAUGUGCUGUUACGUGUCUACUGCUGAAAAUGGAGAGGACUUGAUCAAAUCCCUGGCCCUCCUGGAGACCAUUUUCAUGUCUUCCUACGCAAACAGAGAGGGGGCGCUGCCCACACUCAAACCUGGGAUUCCUGGCCUUCACAGCGCUGCUCUGCAGGCCUGGUCACUGCUGGUCACACUGUGCCCUGCCUCCAGACUGACUGUACUGCUGGACCUUCACCUCCCCAAACUGCAGGAGUGUCUGGAGAGCAACGACGUCAACUAUAGGAUCGCAGUGGGAGAAACCAUCGCUCUGCUCGUGGAGCUGGGGAGAGACAUCGACGAGGGCUUUGAGGUGGAGGACAGUGAAAGUCUGUGCGAGUGUCUAAAGAGUUUAGCAACAGAUGGCAACAAGCACCGAGCCAAGAAUGACAGGAGGAAACAACGCUCCAUCUUCAGAGAAGUGCUACAUUACAUAGAGAGUGAAGACUUCUCUGAAGAGAAGAUCAGAUUUGGACUGGAGAGCAUCUACAUCGAUGGAUGGAUGAGGAGAAGGAUCUAUGACGCUUUCAAAGAUAUCCUGGAAUCUGGAGUCAGACACCACCUACAGUUCAAUCCACUACUGAGAGACAUCUUUGGCCUCGGAGCUCCACUCAUUAUCGACCCCACUGUCAAAGCCAACAAAAUCUCCCGGUUUGAAAAACAUCUAUUCAACUCUGCAGCCUUCAAGGCCAGGACUAAACUGAGGAGCAAAGUCAGAGACAAACGUGCUGAUGUCAUGUAAGGGGUGGGAGUAGGAGGGGGUCGGGGAGGGACGGAGUGAAGGGAUGACAGCAAUCGGAGGAAAUUUCCGGACUAUGCUGAUGGACACACAAACGAUGCCUUUAAUGCUUUUACCGUCAGACUCACAGCUGGGCCUUGACACUUAUCAGUUCCACUGCUGCUCAACACACGGGGGGCCACACUGGGCCCCCACCCAAACACAGAGUUAGUCACUGUGAGAAGCCAAGUUUAAACCAAUGCUAAAGGUUUUCUUUAAGGGAUUUAAAAAUAUCUUGAUUUCACAUGAAAACAGAGAAAGUCAUGUAUUUAAUGACUCUGCUGGUCGUCUGUGGAGUUUUAUGGUAACAGUCACACAGACCAGCUCUGGUGCUGAUGGGUAUUUUUUUUUAGUACCCUGCCUUCCGCUGCUGUGUGUGUGUGUUUUAACUCAUCACUCACAUUUAGUUACUGUUGCCUUUACAACAGGAUCUGAACCAAAAAAAGAAAAAAGAUUAAAUAUGUUUCAAUAUAACGUCAGUCACACCCCAGAGCUGCCAAACCACAAACUGACUUAUGUGGAAAAAAACAAACCUGUGUUGUUUUUGUGUGACUGCGUGUUUUAUCUGAGCUUUAUUUAAACACCAUCAAGUAUAAAAAUACAACCAUACCUGAUUAAAUGAAUGGAAAUCAAUGACUUCAUAUUGUAAUCUUUUUAUUUUUUGAGGGAAAAAAUACAUUUUAACCAUUUUCUGAUGGAUAACUGUGUUUAACUUUUAUAACUUAUUUAAAAUAUUGAGUGAUUUUUAAAAUACAUUUUAAGACGUUUACAGAAACAAGUAUUUGAAGAUGA